GUACCGGAUAAACAACGCAGGUAAACAAAAACAAAAAGGGCCCGGAUGUAAGCAUGGGACGACCUGUACGCAUGCGCUAUACAUGCGGCCAACAUGUCGGACGAUAAUUCGGACGCGAAGCCGGCAGAAGGUUCAGGAUCGGGGGACCAGCAGUAUAUCAAACUCAAAGUUAUGGGCCAGGACAACAGUGAGAUCCAUUUCAAGGUGAAAAUGACCACCCAGAUGAGGAAGCUCAAAGAGUCAUACUGUCAGAGACAGGGAGUUCCUAUCAACUCAUUGCGGUUCCUAUUUGAUGGACAACGCAUUAAUGAUGACCAGACACCAAAGGAGUUGGAAAUGACAGAUAACGACAUAAUAGAGGUGUACCAGGAGCAGACAGGAGGGGGGGAACACUGAGCCAAGGCAGCUUCCUGCAUUCCAACCUACCCAAAUCACAUGGUCCAUGCAAGCUGGCACAUCUCAUCCCCCCUGUAGAUACAAUGGUGCAGUCCUGUUCUAUCACAUGUACCAAACAAGCUGGGCAAGGAGUUACUGAUCAAGAUAUUAUUCCCCAGUUUGUCAGUGUAGUUUGUAUCACAGCUUUGUAAGAACAUGCAAACAUGGCCCCUUUCUUCACCCCAUGUUGCUUGUGUUUCAUACUUUGUCUUGAUAGAAUUGUGCUACACAGUUGUAUCACUAGUGGUGAUGAGAUUUGACAGAAUCCCCACAUUGUCUGUUGUUCAUACUACCAGGACAACUCCACUUGCAUUCCCCUUUUCACAGCAAGGAACCCAGACAGAAGAGGCAGCAAAUUUUGCUUGCAGUAUUUUGAGGAAAAAGUUGACAUACCCUGUAGUUUUUCAUUGGGACAGGGGUGGAAUAGUGGAAAUACAAAAAUAGUUGUCCCCAAAUGCCUGCUUGCUUUUUGGAAAGUCUGGUACAUUGCUACUUAUUGUUCUACUGCGAACAGGGGAUUGCAAUGCAGAAAAGUUGACAAUAUUCUUUUAUUUUAACUUUAAUAUCUAGUAAAAUGUUGUAAUGUCCCUGGUGGCUUUGGGGUUUCAGUGCCUCAUUAUCUGUUCGUCCCGGAAAAACAAAAAGAAAGGAUGAAAUGUUCACAAGAUCACAUACUGAAGUCUUAGGCUUUGUUUGCUAAGUGUAUAGAAGUUAUAUUGUUGUUUGAAAGACAAGUGGUGUUUAUUUAGUUGUAGUCGUAGAGAUGUUAUGUUCCCCUGUAUAAUAAUCUUUGCUAAACCCUGUGAUUCGAGCUACCAUCAACUGUGACAUACCUACUACAGACAUCAAGGACAGCUGUAAAAAUUAGUAAACCUUUCUUUAACAUGUAUAACUAAUAUUGUCAGUGGCAUUCAUACAGUUCACCUAUAAGCAUCCUUCAUAAAUGCAGCUUGUACCUAUGUGAUUAGUUUCAAAGAUGACUAUUUUUUUCUGCAUAAGAAUAGUGACUUGUUCCUGUGGUACAAGUAAGCAACAGAGUUUUGAGUUUUAUCAUUGUCAGUCAUUUUGUGACCAUCAGUUAGAUUGGCUACCUAAAGAAAUUUCCCAAAUCCGGUGAUAUUGUUAAUCUUCAGUUAGGAUACAUCUUUUGCAUCUUCAAAGCUUGGUCCUGGUGAAAAGUGUAGAUUGUAAACAAGACAUGUAGUUUGGACACUCCAGCCAUUUUAUGUAAAAGAAAUCAUGCUCUGGUGGUCAUCUGAAAUAUUACAUCCACAGUUACAAGAAAACUACCCUAACAUGUAUGUGAGACUUUAUGUUUUAGAUGUUAGUCGUACUAGGGGGGAGGGCCUGCAUUUUGUUAUUACAUGUCCAAGUUGGUAUCCAAUAAAACAUUGUUUCUUUA